AUGUACUUCACCGCUUACAUGUACUUUCGACUCGAGAUGCUACCAGUUCACUGCAGUAUGGCUGCACUAGACCCGCGAACGCAUCUGAGCCAGCUCGCAAGGUUCAUUCUCAUGCCCACAACGGUCGUCGCUUUCACUGCUACUCGCGUCUGUACAUUACUUUUUGUCCAAAAGUUCGGGGGAACCAAGAUGGAGUACGUGAAGAGCGUCCGCAGCGCCCUGCGCCCGCGCACGUUGUUUGCGUCCGCGUGCCCCGUGCUCAUGACCGCGAGUCUCCUGUACAAGUCGCACGGCGUGUCUCUCCUGCAGCUGGACGCGCUGGCCGCCCUGGGCUGCGCGGUGCUGACCCAGCUGCUGGGCAACCUCAGCGCCGUGUACAGCAACUUCCAGCGCACGCUGCAGCCCAAACAGCCGGGAGCUGCCGACGGCAAGAUCAUCCUCAAUCCCUCAAAUAACUGUAUCACGAAAUUUGACCGCUCUUUUGUGCACCGCAGUUUACUCUCGUUGACGCAAGUUCGACGCUGGUCGUUCCUGUUUUACGGCAUUCAGCUGGCGCUGCUGGGGGUGACUCAUGUCAUUUGUGACAAAAGUGUUGAAGUUACGGGAGGGAUGGCGUUGCUGGUCACUUUGGCACUGAUCUACUGUCGCCGUGGGGAGGAGCCACUGCCUAUGGUCGGGCUUCGGGAAGUUGUGGUGGCGUGGGCUCUUGGGCCUGUGGCUAUGCUCAGCACCUCUGUCUACCUCAUUGGGGAGGUGCCGUGGGCCGUGGUGCUGUACGCGUACUUGGUGAUGCUCUUCGCGUGGGCUUUCCUGGUCCUGGAGAGUGCCCGGGACGCGCCGUUUGCUCGACGAAUGGGGCGGUCCGAUACGUCGCUGGCGCUGAGACUGGGCUUCCAGUGGAGCUUCCAGGGCUUCUUGCUGCUGAUGGUGUCGUUCUACGGUAUGCUGCUCGUGUUGGGCAUUGCGAUGGGUCAUCUGGGAAACUUUCUGCUGGUGGUCAGUAUCGUCAAGCUCAAGGACAUCAGCGAGGAGUUCCGACUGGAAAGACUCAACCACUUGCCUGACAAAUUCGCUAGACUUGCUUCAUUCCUGGGAGUUGGCCUCAUCAUUUCGAUUCUUGCGGGAUUAUCGUAA